UCUCUCUAUAGCCGCUGCUCUUGCGCUCUCGGCCACAUUUUUCGGUCCUUGCGCUUCGGCAUGGCCGUCCGUGAUUUUUUUUUACUCUUUCUUUCCUCCUGCCUUCCCAAUUCGGAGGAAGGGAAGGGAGAAGAUCAUUCAGGAUGGAUAAGUAUAAGUAACGGGGGCUCCUUCGGUCUCCAUCCUGUUUGACAUCGGUCCGGCCCCCAUCUGUCUGGAGUAUAUCUCGCUCUGUUAUUAUCAUCCAAACUCAGUCGCAUAUAAACUCAGACGUCUUCCGUCGUUGGCCCCAACCCAAUUUUCUCCAUUCGCAUCCUCCUCGGCACAUGUCCAAGACCAAUCACCAUGACCGUCAACAUGCAGGUUUCUGGCGCAGACUGCUGGGCAAGCUCUCCAGCUAUGGACGCCCACGAGUCUCCCUCGCUCGCAUCCUUCGCCUAUCAUCCCGCAAAAUCAACGGAAUUGGACACUGAACCCCGUAGACACCAGCACCACAUGUCCUCUGGCUCCGGUGCUGAAUCUUUUGGAUUCCCAGGGAGUCCUGACCGGGAGAUAUCGAUGACAGCCGAUGCACCGCCCACCAGCCCGGAGUAUGCGCAGAUCGAUGUGAACGACUGGUACCCGCGGUACCUGGGAUGCAUGCGGCACUUCCUGGAUCAUGCGCAGCAUUCGCUCGCCGUGCAAUCGCUGGCAGCCUUCAUCAACAUCCGACUUCCGUGUCAGCGACUGCGCGAUCCUAUUGUUGGCAUGUCCGGCCCCCAGCAGGAGCAGCAGGAGCAGCAGCAGCCCCCGGACCAAGUGUGCCUGAGAUCGUAUCUCCGGCGUCUCAUCGUCACCGGCAACGACACGCCCGCCACGUUACAGGCUUUUUUCGGGGCGGAAUGGCAGGCGGGCCUCGACUGCGUCUGGAAGCAGGAGCGCGUCAAUUACUUGUUUUCGGCGAAGAGUGGCGGCUGGGCGUCCACCAAGGAGGCGUACGAUAUCUUGCCGGAUGAGCAGACGCCCUUUCUACGACCGCUCCGGGCAGCGACGGAGGAGGAGCUCCGGGUCGCGGAGUCGCGAUGGAGCGAGUGUGAUGGGGGAUCCCUGCCGACGCCAUGGCUGGCUGCCUGGGUGGAUCUGCCCGCCGGUCCGGAGACCCAGGUGGUGCUCUAUUCCAGUCUGGAAGUGGAGGCUCACGCUGAGCGCGACGAAGACGAAGCAAAAGACAUCGAGGACCCCGAUUCACCGCGCGUCUCCACCCUGCGUCCCACCAGCCGUAACACAAUCUCACCCAGCGCGCUGGACCGCGUGCGUGCGCAACUAUUGGCUCUACUAUUCCAUAUCCAGGAUCGCUUGAUGCCCGAAUACCUCCGCUCUGUCACUGCAGCCCCCAACUCAGGCUCAGACAGACACGCCAAUACGAACCUCAAUCCGAAUAGAGCUUCCACUAGCUCGGGCAGUGACACUGACACUGACACUGACAGCCGUCCCAACCCACCGGGUCAGCCUUUUGGCCCUCGGGCUUUCAAAAUCGGCCACCUGCACACCGGCCUCUUCUCCCUGUUAACCGCUUCGGGACAAUACCCUUCCCCCUUGCCCCAGAGCCAGACCCAUGGUCCUGGUCCCCCAAGUCCACAUGGCCCCCAGAUGGUCGUCCCAGGUCUCCGGGUCCACCGUUUCGACCAGCCCCCCUACAACAAGUAUCUAUUUCGGGAGGAGCAAUUUGUCAUUGCAGAUAGCGCUGACACCGGAGGCGUGGUCGAGAAUGGCGGAUCCAGCUCUGGAUCUGCACCCGCUGUCAUCUCCGCUGUCAGCCAGGGCUCUAAUUCCUCGACCCUACCGCCGGGAUACCGCUUCUCCGACCGCAGGGGCAGCUCGGCCCUGCAGCCGCGUCACUACGAGCUCAUCUGCCGCCGAUCCGCCGUCUUUCGCACGCCCAAGAGCCUGGCGUCGUUUCCGGGCGUCGCGGUCUACGUCGACACACCCUCUUCUUCGUCCUCGACAGGCGCGGACGACAACGGCGAAGAUCCGAUCGCGUGGGCGUUCCUCAGCGCGGACGGGACGCUGGCCGUUCUGCACGUCGAGCCGGAGUAUCGUGGCAGAGGGCUCGCUGAGGCGGCGAGUCGCGAGGUCAUGCGGAGGGGCAUGCGCGAGGGAAGGAUGUUUCUGGCGAAGGGCGAGCAGGGGAGAGGGAAGGGGUGGGUUCAUGCGGAUGUGACGCCGGGGAAUCGGGCUAGUUGUAGGGUGAUGGAGAAGUUGGGGGGUGAGGUUAGUUGGACGGUGACGUGGACGGUGGUGGAGUUUGAUGCGUAG